GUGUGUGUGUGUGCGCGCGCGCAUGUUUGUGUGUGUGCGUGCAGGUCCUCUACAGUGCUGCCGAUGCUGCUGUGGUACCUUAGAGGAGGAGGCGGUGGUCGUGUUAUUGAGCGGCCCGGCGUGGAAGUUUCGCUGCAGGGGUGGGACUUUGUUUCUGCAGUCGGUAGGUCUGGGGUGAGCUGCGGAUCACACAGAAAUGCCUCUGGCAGCAGCUUUCCAGACUCCAGCCAGCAGCAGCACAAAGAGACGGACACCUCAGAGUGGAAGAUAAACCCUCCUCCUCCUUCAUCAUCCCUCUGCUCCUCUUCCUCCUCCAGCUGGCCACGUCUGACAGCUUUCGGAUGCGCUGAAACGGGAGGAGUGUGAACGCCGUUUCCAUCCCUCAUCCAUCCCCGGGACACACAGACCAGUCCGGCACCGGUGUCAUUGGAUGGAGAGAGGCGCCUGAAGAAGGGAGAGCGGUGGAGUUGGUCUACCCCCCUCCUCCUCUUCCUCCUCCUCCUCCUCCUUCCCUACUGCACCAAAAGAAAACUCCGGGCUGGCUGCAGCAUCAUGUCCUCUGCUCAAAGUGGGGAUAUAUCCGGCUACCAUCUGAGUGUGGUGCGUAACCCGCCUGGCUGGGAGGCGGGGCUUUACCUGGUUGGCUUCCUCGUGCUGCUGUGUUUGGCCGGGCUCAACAUCUGGAAGCUGUGGAAAUCUGGAACCUUCCCCGCGCCAUCCCCCUUCCCCAACUUUGACUAUCGAUAUCUGCAGGAAAAAUAUGGAACCUCUUUCUCAGAAGUCAGACAAAAGCGAGUGGCUGCCAACAACCACCGGCGGACCUCCACCACCUCCAGCCGCAAACCCAGCCUGGCCCUCGGCGACACCCCGGAUGGCUUCAGGGACCUGGGCCAUUUGGAGCUGAUGAGCAGGGAGCUGGACCCAACCGGCAUGGCCCAGCUUAACCGAUCCAUCUCCACCGACUCACUCAGCUCAAUCUCCUCCAUCGCCAACAACUUCGGCCACGACUUCACAGUCGGCCAGUUGGAAGUGACACUAGAGUUUGAGCCAUCAAGGCACCCGGGCCAGGGAACAGGAAUGCUGCACCUCAGUCUGCACCAGGGAAAAGACCUGCUGGAGAGGGAGGAGGGAGACUUCCCUGGCUGCUUCAUCAGAGUCUCACUGGGGCCAGAGGAGCUCAAUGUGGGAGUCACAAGGGUCCAGACGAAUGCAUUCACUGUGAUUUUUGACGAGCACUACUCCAUCCCCAUGGACUUGUCCACGCUGGAGGAGUACAGCCUGCGUUUUGCGGCUUUCGGUAUCGAUGCUGACGAGAGAAACAUCAGCGCGGGGGUAGCGGAUCUCAAGCUGUCAGAUCUGGACCUGACUAUCAGGCCAUUCAAUGCCUGGCUCUACCUGCAAGAUGUCAAUAAGGCUGUGGAUGCAGUUGGGGAGAUCCUGUUGUCUCUCAGCUAUUUACCGACAGCAGAGCGCCUCACAGUGGUUGUGGCCAAGUGCAAGAACCUGGUGUGGACCAAUGGCAAAAACACUGCAGAUCCGUUUGUCAAAGUGUAUCUCCUGCAAGAUGGCAGGAAGAUCAGCAAGAAGAAGACUUCCACCAAAAGGGACGACACGAACCCCAUCUUCAAUGAAGCCAUGAUCUUCUCUGUGCCGUCUAUUGUCCUGCAGGAACUCUCCCUGAGGGUGACGGUGGCAGAGACCACAGACGACGGCCGGGGCGAGAACCUGGGUCACGUGAUCAUCGGACCCGAGGCCAGUGGGAUGGGGAUCACCCACUGGAACCAGAUGUUGGCCACUCUGAGGAAGCCCGUGUCCAUGUGGCACCCUCUGCGGAGGAUCUAGUCCUCUCUGCACUCAUACAUACUCGACCUCUUUCAAGUAAAACACUAGCUUCUUCACGUUCCUUUCACCUCUCCCCUUAUUUGGUGUGUGCUAUGUGUCACUCUGCUGGUGAGUAACAAAUAGGAGGAAACACAUUAUCUCCAUGUAAGAGGGAGGAAUCUUAAAAAGCCAGUGUUUAACCUUGAACAGGGUAUCCACUUAAAUCCUUUCUUUGGUGUUUAGCCUCAUUCUUGCUCGGGUGCAUUAUGGGUGAGGGUGGCAUUCAGGAAGGAACAGUGCAAAUCCCAAAUUACCCAAAUUACAAACUAAAAGUAACUGAUGAGUUUUCAAAUGGUGUGCGUCCUACAUCCUUACCAUGUCCCUUUUAUCUUGGGAAUUGGGCUGAAUCCUGAUUCUCCACUACAACAGCAUCAAAGGAGACAUGAAUAUGUGGAUACUUGACCAGAAAUUUAAGUUUUCAGUGAGUUUAUAAUUAACAAAAUGAGCCCAGCUGUGGCAGGUGUGACCCCCUCCCUGCAUGGUGCCUACUCUGGUUGUAGCCCGUUAAAGCUGUGUAGAGAAUGAAUGACUGGACGGAGGGGUGAAAUCGCUUCUCUUUCAGGAAAACACUCAUUUGUCUUUUCAAUCUAGUCAUUGAUUGCGCCUACUUGACUGAUUUCGUAGCGGUUUUAGAGCCAAGUUGAGUUAGCUCUAUUGGAUUUGCUUGUGUAAUUUGUUAACAGUGAGACUGACAAAUAAAAGAGGUUUUGGUUUAUUCAGUAUUUAUUGUGCUUUUAAAAAAUAUCCAGGUACUCUUAUCCAGGUGAAAUAAUUUGUAGCAGUUGUUACAGGGUGGCCAAAUUAGAUGUAAUUAGCAUAUAAAUAUCAUAUUUGUUCAACAUUGUUCUAUUUUUACCAUGAAUAGUGCAAUACAAGUUGCAUACGCAUAUUUAACAGUGUAAAUAGUGUACUACAACAUUCUUCUCAUUCAUUGCCAUUUUUUCCCCUGGGUGCAAAUCAUGUUUUUCAUAGUAUAAUACUUCAUAAUAAGGAUCAAACUCCAAUUUAAUUUCUACUGCACUGUAUAACAACAGUACCACUGCUGAUCAAUUAAUUAUUAUUAAAACACCUCUGGGAAUUUAACUUGUGAUGUAAGGUAUACUAACCCCUUUAAAUGGGUUCACAGUUCCUUUUAUGUUAAAGGAAACACCUUGAUAUUCUGAUUAAUCUGUAGGGUUUUGUUGUUUUGUUUUUUACCAGGCAUUUGUCACACUCUUCUUAGCUUUUAAGAUACCUGCAAAUGAAUCUUUUUAGGUUGAAACCAAUAUGACCCACUUUGCAGCUUGAAGCCUGAAUGGUAAUAUUGUAACAAGUGUUUUGGUUAAAAUGAAGAUAAUGUGACAUGGAUCUUGUAAAAGUCAGAAUGUCAAGGUGGCUUUUUAUCUGUCUGAGAUAUUCUCUACAACAUUGUGCAACAGUGCUGUUUUGUUGUAACUUUUGAAUGUGAAUUAUCAUGUAAAAAACCUGCUAACUCUAAAAGCAUCAUCAGCCUAAUUGCAUCGUUGUGACUUUUGUUUGUUUUUUCAAGCAUAAACUACUCUGCAUUUUUGGUUCUAACCGCAUUCCUCACCUCACUUUGAAAAUCAGUCCAAAAAUAACACACCUGUGGUCAUAUAAAUACACAAUAUUUCCUACUGUGCCAAAUAAUAAAGCAAUAUUUUCAUUUACAAUCAGCAAUUUGCAUUCAACAAAGCUGUAGCCUACAUUUGACCAUGCAUGAAGUUAUUUAGCACUUGAUGUGAAUGUGCCUCAAGAAUACAGUGUAUUGUGUGAAUGCUGUUUGAAAUAAAAGCAAUUCAACAGUAA